UAGUUACAGUUGGUUACACGCAAUGGCAAGUUGGAUUUGUGCCAUUUGUCAAAGUUCAUUAAUAUUUCUGUGCAAUUUGUGUUUUUUUUUUGUUUCUAUUUUCUGUAUUAUAUGAUGUAAACACCAAUCGUCGAAUCUUUCCUUAUAACUUGUACAACUUAAAAUACUUCGUGCCAAAGUUAUCUCUAAAUUAUAUGAAGUGCAGUGACAUAAAUAUUGAAUAAAAUAAAAGAAGGUUAAGAAUCGGCUUAUUGUAACAUUGUAACCUAUAUAAUUUGCUUUUUCUUCGUCUGAAUUAACAGCCAGUUUGUAAGAAGACAUUGUAACAUGGUUCAACAAUAUCAGUCACCUGUUCGGGUGUAUAAGCAUCCUUUUCCGCUCGUAAUGAUGGCAUAUGAACGCAGAUUUCCUACUUGUCCAAAAAUUCCUGUUUUUGUCGGUUGCGAGAUAGUUUCGGACGAAGAAAGUAAAAAUGGCUCAAUUAGAAUAACAGAACGACGCUGUAAAUUAAAUGUUGAAGCACCGUAUAUUUUAAAAAAGAUCAUUGGAGUAGAUUUUGUAUACUUUAUUCAAAGGAAUGUUUUAAAUAGACGAAAUAGCGUUCUAGAAAUAGAAGCGUAUAAUGAAAGUUUUUCAUCUAGAGUAUCGGUUAUCGAAAAGUGCAGAUAUUUUGUUCAUCCUGAAAAUCCAGAAUGGACGUGUUUUGAACAAACUGCAAGUUUAGAUAUUAAAAACUUCUUUGGUUUUGAAAACUCAAUGGAAAAAUUAGCGAUGAAACAAUAUGCUCAAAAUAUUGCAAAGGGCAAGGAGAUAAUUGAAUACUUCAUAAAUCAAUUAAAAGAAGAGGGUAUUGUAUAUGUACCUCCAUGGAAGGAUCCAAAUGAUACAUCUGAGAAAAAUGAAGGAGAUAUUGCAAAAAGUCAAGAAUCUCUUGAUCCAGAAGAAACUUAUUCUUGUGCGGACAACAAAUUACAAAAUAGAGAAAUGCAGUUAUCUUCAGAUUACAUAGAAAGAUAUUUAGGAAAGCUUGACAUGAUGCAAGAAAGCAAACUUAUUCAAUUGAGACAAAGCAUAAAGGAAUUAAGGGGAAGUUCAAUACCUGGAGAUGCAACUCUUCUAAGAUUUUUAAGGGCUACCGAAUUUUCAGUUGAGAAAGCAAAGGAAAUGCUAACACAAACAUUACAUUGGAGGAAGAAGCAUCAAAUUGAUAAGCUACUUGAAGAAUAUGACAUACCACAAGUAGUGAAAGAUUAUUUUCCUGGUGGUUGGCAUCAUUUUGAUAAAGAUGGUCAACCUUUAUAUAUUUUAAGAAUGGGACAAAUGGAUGUAAAGGGAUUAUUGAAAUCUAUCGGAGAAGAUGACUUGCUGUUGCUGGUACUACAUAUUUGUGAAGAAGGGCUGGUUCUUAUGGAAGAAGCAACUGCUGUUUCUGGCCAUCCAGUUUCGCAGUGGUGUUUAUUAAUAGAUCUUGAAGGUCUAAAUAUGCGUCACUUAUGGAGACCUGGUAUAAAGGCUCUAUUACGUAUUAUUGAAAUCGUUGAAAUAAAUUACCCAGAAACUAUGGGAAGAGUUUUAAUUAUGCGAGCGCCUAGAUGCUUCCCUAUUUUAUGGACAUUGAUAAGUACAUUUAUAAAUGAAAAUACAAGAAAAAAAUUCAUAUUUUACUGUGGCACCAAUUAUCAAGAACAAGGUCCUGGUAGCCUAAGUGACUAUAUCGAUCUUGAAUUUAUCCCAGAUUUCCUCGGAGGAUCAUCUGAGGACAAUGUAUGCGAGGUUUAUGGUAUGGUACCUCGAAGAUUUUAUAUUUUCGACGCAACUGCUAAUAACGCCUACAUUACUGAAGGAGGAAUUGUACCGAAACAUCUAUAUAAAAUGGAAUUGGAACCUACAUCGUCUCAAGAAGAGCAUAAUCUAUAUCAUUGCAUUAGUUUAAGCCGUGGACAAAUUCAUCGUGUAAUAAUCCGUUCUAAUGAUCCAGGAGCAAUUUUAACAUGGGAUUUUGAUGUGAUGCGUCAUAAUAUAAUAUUCACCGUACUUUACCAAGCUUAUAAUGAUGACAAAGAUCUUUCUUUGGAAUCUGUUACAGCUGAAGAUGCAGAAUUAUUAGAGAUGAAAGAAAUCAAAGGACAUUUCAUUAAGGUCGAACCGAGCGUUGUUUGUCAUGAUGGUGAAAGCAUUCAAGGUUCUCAUAUAAUGCAAGAUGCUGGUGUAUAUAUAUUGCAAUGGCAUAAUCAAGAUGAUCCAGGAGAGUUUCUUCCAUCCAUUAGUGGUCAUAAAGCCCAGCUUAUGUAUUUUUAUGAAACAUUAUCUUCAGUUCAUUACAGGGGAUCUAUGAUGAGCUUGCAAUCUGCUAUAAGUACAAAAUCAGAAGCAACUUCAUUUCUGUCUAGAUGACGUGUAAAGCAUACAUCAUAGAGUAUUUACCAAGGAUUAGGAUUAUGAAACAUUGAAAAUAGUGGCUUUAUUUGAAUAAGUUUAUUAAUUUGCUUUGGAUUUUCUUUCAUAUUACAAUAAUAUUAUAAUAUUUAAAUUUUUGAAUAUUAGUUUAUAACAGCACUGUUAUCAUCUUUUAAGUAAGUAUAUAACUAUCUAUAUUGUAAUCGCUUGGUAGAAUGCACGAAAUUUUAAUUUAUAAAAUAUGUAAAACAAUUUGAGGUAUAAUUAAAAGUUUAAAUUCGAAAUUAACAUAAUGGAAUUUAUAUUCCCUCGUGUUUAUUUUACACCUUUAAUUUCCGUUUAAACAGCGAAACUUAUUUAUAUGUAUAUGUAUCUACUAAUUUUCCUAUCAUUUUCUUGUCACUCAACUAUCGUGCAACAUCUAAACUAUUUUCUCUGAAUGAAAAUUCUGUGACUUCAAAAUUAUCCUACGUCAAAACUGAUUUAACAUUACUGAUAGGAAAUUGUUAAUUACAAGUUCAAUGUUUUAAAAUCAAUAUUCUGUUUUUCUAUGUUCACGUAUAUUGUUUCCUUAUUAUCUUUUUUGCAUGUUUUUUCGUAUUUCUGUUGCAAUCUUGCAUACGUGCAUCUUUCGAAACUAUUCUUGCCGCCAAAUUUUUAAUUUUUGUAGAGUAUAUUGCCACCAAAUUUUUAAUUUUUCUAUUAAAAACAUUAUUACUAUUAAAACGUAGAACAUUGAAAUAAAACAUUCAAUAUUAGAAGGGGCACAAAGGAGGAAGCAUGCGUAGAAAUAACUUCACUUUUACGGUGAAUUAAAAUGGAGUCCCAAAUAGAUUAAACAAACAGAGACUUCCUGUUAGCCUCAGAUUAAAGAAAAAAUAUGAGAUUAGGAAAACACCAAAAAAUGAGCAGCAUCGAUAACCCACAAGAAAAAGUAAUGGGAAGUACACCCUCGAAAGCAACUCAAAAUACAAAAAUUACACAUGAAGAUAAUAAAACAACAACCAUAGUAAUAGAAAAUAAAGACCAAGACUACAAACUAAGCUCUUAACCAAAUACCGAUCAAAAUGAAAGAAAUAAGCGAAGAAGUUAAAGAAGUGUGAAAAGAAAAUGCAGAAAUAAAAAAUACAAUGAAGAAUGUUACAAUUUUAAAAGGAAAAUUUGAAGAAACAGAACAUGCAUGGCAAGAAGAAAAAUUGAGACUUGAAACUAGAAAGAAGAAUAUGGUAUUUGGAGAUAACGGUCAAGAUCAGAAUCAAGAAGGAGAAAAAAAACAGCGUACUAAUCAAAGGGCUAGAAAUUAAAAACAACAUUGAAAAAACUCAAGAAUUUAUAACAGUCAACCUAAACAUAGAAGUAGGCAUAAUAAAAGUCCAACUUAUAAAUAUCGAAAAUAAAAUGAAAAAAGCAAACAAAAAGGAACUUAAAGGCCAAAAAAUCUACAUAAACAACAAAAUGACGAAAAGAGAAGAAACUAGAUUAGGAAGAAAUCUUGUGAUAUCAAGACGUGAAUUAGUUAAGCUGUUGAAAGCUGGUUAGAUUUUCUUGUGUGUAUGUAGUAUAGAUGCAAAAUUAAUCAUUACAUAAUAAUUAUAAAUACUAUAUAUACUAUAAGUUAUGUUACUAGAAUUGUUUUAGGUUAUAAUCUAUUAUAAUCUGUUAUAAAAUAGACAUAAAACAUAUGUGAACAAUAUAUGCAAAUGUAUAUAUUUGUAUAGAUAAGUAUCCAUUGUUGUUAUAAUAUUAUUAUUAAGUAGAGGACUUGCACAUAUUGCCUUCAACUUUUAACCUGCUAGACAAGUAAUAUUAGGAUAUAGAAUUCAACAAUAUUUUCAAGGAGUAAUCGAAUUUUUGUUGCUAUUUAUGUAAAAAGAUUUUAUAACGAACUUAAAUUUAUACAACUAACUUUGUAAAUCUUGUACUAAAAAAUUGCUAUCAGCUUCUAAAGACAAGCUAAAAAAAACUUCUCAGGAUACACUGGCACUAUAUAGAGAGGUACAUGAAAGUACGCAUCGUUAACAAUAUUUCCUAAAGUGCAUCAUGACAAAUGAAUAACUUCAUAAAGUAUAUCAUUUCAGUUACAUGUGCAUAUACAAUAAUGUCUUAGGAAAUGGAAACUGUGUGUGAAACACUGGUUAAAACGUCUCAGUUAUGCAUUAAUUUUUAAUUAUUACAGAUAUUGAAACUUAUGUAACUAUUAUAAGAGGUCUCACAGGCUACUAAUGUUUAUUGCAUUAUCAUGGAUAUAAUUACAGAUAUAAGUGCAGAAUACAAAUCAAAUUCAGUUCUUUUUACUUUAUACAUUAAUAAUGAAGAGAUCCAAGCCUAGUUAAACAAUAUCAAAUAUUUUGAAAACUUUUUUUUUUAUAAUUAUUUAUUAUUGUAAUUCAUGCCUCAAGAAGGAAUGAAAAACUAGAGCUGUCUUUUACACAUUCUAUAUUAAUUAGAAGUUAAAACAAACAAUCAUCACAUAUAAUAUGAAAGUAUACAUAAUUAAUCGCAAAAGUCAAUAUACCUCUUAAAGACAAAACAUUAUAGUAAAAGCCUUUACAAAUCUUUUUGGUUCAUUAAGACACACUGUAGAAAUGUAACACAAUUUAUUCACUUCCACCUUUAUUAAGAAAAGAGAAGUAAAAAAUAUGAAAUACAUGCAUUGUUUGAAGCUUUUGACUGAAAACCGUGUCCUUAUCAAUGUUGAAUGUGAUUUCACUAUGUCAAAAAACUACCGGACACAAGAUCUUUCUUGAUCAAACCUCUGUCAUUGCCAAAGCCAAAGAAUAUACCGCACAAACUAUAUGGAUUUAAAAUACUAAAUAUCGAGACAAUAUGAACAGAGGAGUCUCAAUCCGCCCUGGAGCACUCUCAUCCCAAUUUUUUAAUUGUUCAACUAAGUAAUUGAAAAGGGCUGUUACUUGGUUACGGAUUCGAAACGCAAGCUGUUCACAGAUUCAGAACAGGUGCAAUGGUAUAUAAAGAACAUCUAAAGGAUAUCUCUUGAAUGUGUAACACUAUUAAGACAUCUUUAGGCUCCUGAUAAAGCUUAUUACUAUGUAGGACACUGCUUGAAACCAAAAAUCUCAAGAUUAUAAUACAAUACAUAGUUACUUACACCUAUUAUAUCCACAUGAAAUCAUACAAAUAAUAGACUUAAUAUUAUAUUAAUAUCUUAUAGAUCCCUCCCCUUAUAUAAGCAUCAAUAGUAUCCUACUAUCUCUCUGGUGUUGAAAAAAAGGUUUUGUAAUUUCUGGUUGUAUUUGUAUAUGUCCCAAGAUUUUUAUGAGCUAAAUGUUUUAAGUUUCAAAAUAAUUAUAACAGUAUAUUUCUUAGAACUGUUAAAUUUGCUUUUUUAUGCUCCACAAGAAUAAAAUUUUUUUUAAAAGUCUGAUGACCUGCAAAUCUCUUAAAAAAUAACUUAAAAUAAGAUUUUUAUAUGCUUAUGUUUACUCUUUUAUAUAGCGCAACUUUGUCAUGACAAAUUCUACCAUAUAACGAUAGAUAUAUAAGGUACAUCCCAUUUAAAUCAUUUAUCCUAUAUAUGCAAUAAUUUAUUGUUGGAAAUUAAAACACAAAUUGAAUGGUAUAUUAUAAAUAAAGCAAAUGUUAAAGCUUUCUGUUUAAUUAUAUUUACAUCUUAUACUUAAUGUUUUAAAUACAAAAUGAUUAAAUAUUACUUUUCAUGUAUAAUAAAAUUAUAGGAAAGUAAGGUAUACUUAUUGUAUGAAAUAACUGAAAAUGAAUAUUGUUAUUGAAAUAAACAAAUUUAAUUUACUUUGUUCCUU